GGGGGCACCCCUUGCUCCCGCCGCCUCCUGGCUGUUGCCCCGGGUCUGCGGGAGGGAUCCCUUUCCAGGCCUUCCCUCGCACUGAUGCGGACUGAGCGGAUCGCCGCGAGGACUAUCUUACACUGAAGCAAUCAAGUAGUUUGAAAAUGACUUCAAAACUUCUCUGGGUGUCCUUCAUGCUUGCUGCAUUAACACUUUCCGUUACAUUUUCUCUCCAGUCAGACCAGCCAAAGGUUCUGCUAGUUUCAUUUGAUGGAUUCCGUUGGGAUUAUUUAUAUAGAGUUCCAACACCCCAUUUUCAUUAUAUUAUGAAAUACGGUGUCCAGGUGCAGCAAGUUACUAAUAUUUUUAUUACAAAGACCUACCCUAACCAUUAUACUUUGGUCACUGGCCUCUUUGCUGAGAAUCAUGGUAUUGUGGCAAAUGACAUGUAUGACCCUAUUCUGAACAAAUCUUUCUCCUUGGAUGACAUGGAUAUUUAUGAUUCUGAGUUUUGGGAAGAAGCGACACCGAUAUGGAUCACAAAUCAGAGGGCAGGACACACGAGUGGUGCGGCCAUGUGGCCCGGAACAGAUGUCAAAAUACAUGGAACCUUUCCCACUCACUAUAUGCCUUACAAUGACUCCGUUUCAUUUGAAGAGAGAGUUGCCAAAAUUAUUGAAUGGUUUACGUCAAAAGAGCCCAUCAAUCUUGGUCUUCUUUAUUGGGAGGAACCUGAUGAUAUGGGCCACCAGUUGGGACCAGACAGUCCACUCAUGGGGACUGUCAUUUCAGAUAUUGACCACAAGUUAGGAUAUCUCAUACAAAUGCUGAAAAAGGCAAAAUUGUGGAAUGUUCUGAACCUGAUCAUCACAAGUGACCAUGGAAUGACGCAGUGUUCCCAGGAGAGGAUCAUAGAGCUUGACCGAUAUCUGGACAGAGAGCACUACACCCUGAUUGACCAAUCGCCAGUGGCCGCCAUCUUGCCCAGGGAAGGCAAAUUUGAUGAAGUCUAUGAAGCAUUAGCUCAAGCUCAUCCUAAUCUGACUGUUUACAAAAAGGAAGAGGUUCCGGAAAGAUGGCAUUACAAACACAACAGUCGAAUUCAGCCCAUUCUUGCAGUGGCUGACGACGGCUGGCAUAUUUUACGGAAUAAGUCAGAUGACUUUCUGUUAGGCAACCACGGGUAUGACAAUGCAUUAGCAGAAAUGCAUCCCAUUUUCUUAGCCCACGGCCCUGCCUUCCGAAAGAAUUUCACAAAAGCAGCCAUGAACUCUACAGACCUGUACCCCCUGCUCUGCCACCUGCUCAGCAUCACUGCCCUGCCUCACAACGGAUCACUCAGCAACGUUCAGGAUCUGCUCAGUUCACCGACUCCAAGAGCAAGUCCUAAUACCCAGACCCCUCCUCUCCUCCAUGGUAGUGUGAAACCAAGAGGAAAUGAACAAGACGAGCCAUAUGCUUAUUUCAUCGGGGUCUCUCUUGGUAGCGUUAUAGUUAUUGUGUUUUUAAUAGUUCUCAUUAAACAUUUAAUUCGAAGUCAAAUACCUGCCUUACCAGAUUUUCAGGCUGAAAUAUCUCAACCAUUAUUACAAGCCUAAUGCUUCUGUGAUGUGAAGAUGGCAUAGUUAUGUCAGUGUUUAAAGGUUUCAAAUUCUAGGGAACUAGCUUCAGACAUUUGCACAGACCAUUAAGCAGUUAUGUAUAUAUACAGGGGCAGUCACACACACACACACACACACACACAUACAGACCAAAAUACACUGACCUGCAAAGGAUGAAAGAUGGGGAAGUAUAUUUCCAUUGUUCUCUCUGGCUUCUGGUAGAUCAGAUCCUGCUUUAUUUGGACUUGGCACAUGCAAUGUAUAUAUUUAGCAACUUUGCACUAUUUGAAAUACCUUACAUAUUGCACUUUACUCUCCUAAUGGUACUUUUAUGUGAAAUGCACUUUAUUGACAAUUAUGUCUUAUAAUUCAGUAGAAAAAGACAAAUUUUACACC